GUGCCUUACUAAAGGGAGGUCGCCUGGUUUCCCUGCUUCUCCUCCAGUGCCCCGUGGCAGGCGCUCAGUGAACCUUGUGAAGGAAAUGAGGAAGUGUUUCACUUGACCGACACCAUCUUCUUCCUUCCCACCCCAUCCACUCCCCAACAAAAACAAAGAGGUGCACAGCUGGCUCUGAGAGCCGCUGCCAUGGAGAGAAGCCCUUGGUCUCACUCCUUACUGCAGGGAGUAUGGAUCUUUGGGGUCUGGUCUGGGCCUGGUGGGGAGAGGACGCAGAGGACCAGCCAUGGCCCCAAAGAGAGAGCAGCCAUGAGAAGGGGAAGGGGGAACUGACUGGGUAGCUACGCAGAAUGGUGCUGUGUUGGGCAACACUGGGGGGUGGCAGGAGUGUGGGUGCGUUGGGGCCAAGUGCCUGGGUCCAGCGCUGCCCCGGUGCUGAGGGUACUGCCUGUUGUUCUCCCCUUGAAAUAGCUCCCCAGAGCCCUGCGCAUCUGUCCAGGCCAGCAUUGGAAGGAGCCUCACCUGCCUACCUCUGCUGAGUACCUGGGAUUUGAGGUCCCGGAAAAGCAGCAAAGAUGUCAAACGAGCCGCCCCCUCCUUAUCCUGGAGGCCCCACAGCCCCCCUUCUGGAGGAGAAAAGUGGAGCCCCGCCCACCCCAGGCCGCACCUCCCCAGCCGUGAUGCAGCCCCCACCGGGCAUGUCGCUGCCCCCUGCAGACAUUGGCCCCCCACCCUAUGAGCCUCCAGGUCACCCAAUGCCCCAGCCAGGCUUCAUCCCCCCACAUGUGAAUGCAGAUGGCACCUACAUGCCUCCAGGUUUCUACCCUCCUCCAGGCCCCCAUCCACCCAUGGGCUACUACCCGCCAGGGCCCUACCCACCAGGGCCCUACCCUGGCCCUGGGGGCCACACAGCCACAGUCCUGGUCCCUUCAGGAGCUGCCACCACGGUGACAGUGCUGCAGGGAGAGAUCUUUGAGGGCGCACCUGUGCAGACGGUGUGUCCCCACUGUCAGCAGGCCAUCACCACCAAGAUCUCCUAUGAGAUCGGCCUGAUGAACUUCGUGCUGGGCUUCUUCUGCUGCUUCAUGGGGUGUGAUCUGGGCUGUUGCUUGAUCCCCUGCCUCAUCAAUGACUUCAAGGAUGUGACGCACACGUGCCCCAGCUGCAAAGCCUACAUCUACACGUACAAGCGCCUGUGCUAACGGAGCCAGGACUGGACUCCCUGCUGUCAGUCUGGUCCCCCAUGCUUUGCUCCCCGUGCUCAGUGGCUUUACUUCCCCGCUCCCACUUGGGGGUGGAAGCCAUUCCGUUCCACCAGUCCCUUGGAAGUCUCGUCCUCUUCGCCCUGCUCUUCCCUGAGCAUCUGACUCUUCCAGCAAAAAUUCCGUUGGAUUUAAGGCCAAGGGUCAGCGAGUGGCAGAGGGAUGGCACUGAGCUUGUGUGUUGCUGGUUUGCUUGGUGUUUGUGUUCAGGAAGAUAAGCUGGGAAGGGUCUCCUUGCAGUCUCCCUGAUGGGGUCUCAUGCCUCCAUUUCUGUACGAAGUACUGGUUUGGUCCUGAUUCUCCUUGGGACCAAAAGCAGCCAGAGCAAUGGUUGGUUCCCCAGACUUGGGGCCUGCAGUGGAGCUGUGACUGUAGCCAUAGCCAUUUCUGAUCUGCUGGGCUGAGAGCAGGGAAAUGGACUCAAGCAGGAUAGGGUCAUAAGGCCUGGGUUUGUUUCUCGAGUGCUAGAGGCAGGCAUGAUAGUCAGAAGGAAUGACCCUGGUCCUCAGAACUCUUAGUAACUCUAACACCUUGUCCAAGUGCUCAGGAGCCACCUGGGGUUAAGGUAGAGAGGCAACACACCUGUAGGUCCUGGGGUAAGUGAUUGGGCCUUGUCUUGCGAAGAAGGGACUUGCCUCUGGCCUCUACCCAGCUUCCUUUCUGACCAUGCUUCUAUGAACUCAUCUUUGCUGGGGCCAAAAAGAAUGCCCAGAAGCCUAGCCCAUCUGUCUAUACCAUGUCCUUGCUGCAUGUGGGCACGACCUCUGCCCGGUAGCUGGUGUGUCCCAGCUGGGACUGGAGAUGGCAGAGAGGAGGGGCCUCCUUGUGGGCACACUCAAAUUUGCAGUACGCUCUGGCUGAC